AUGUGGUUGCUCAGUUAUCAGCCAACCACCGCUGGGCAAAAUGGCGUGUCUGGGAGUUGUCGAGGCGUGACUCUUAUUGUGAUACUGUGCAUACUCGUCUUUGACGAAUCGCUCUGCAUUCCUGGGGACCCCGAUUAUUCACCUAACGGUGAACACUGCAUGUCAGAAUACAACCUCAGGCCAUACUGCAUCGAGGAUAUCAUCGUGCCUCCUGUCUGGCCUAGCGCGACGCCUUCCCCCAGUAAAACGGCUCUACCUGCUGAUCUCAGUCCUAAGGUUACCAAGCCUCCUCACCCAGUCAUGAUCAAGAGGCCUCAACCACUGAAGGAACUUUCUUUUGCCAAUUAUCGUGCCUCCAACAAGGUGGAAAAGGCUUCUAAGCCAGCUGUGCCUGCUCUGGUGCCCAGCUCAAAACUCCCAGCACCUACUAUUCGGUUCUCCUUUCUAGCCUGCACGCCUUACACACAAUACUCCGCAAAAGGCACAAGCUUCUAUAUUUCAUCAUGUGGAACCCAAGAGGGGUCUCCAUCCCCCAAGAAACCCGUGGUCACAGCCAAAAAGCCGGUGAUCCCAGAUAAUAAUCUAUUUGUCCCUCUACUUAUUCUCUCUGCUGACGACUUCUUAUUCCUAGCUCCUCCUAUCGUGUCUUAUGAAGAUGAGGAGAUGGAAGGAGACGAAGCAGAGGAGGAAGGAGCUGUGGAGGAGGAAUUAAUAGAGGAGGACUCUAGUCUUACUCCUCCACUGUCACCUGAUGUGCCACCCCCUCCUCAUGCAUAUCAUCCUCUCACUGGAGAGCCGUUAAACGGUCUCUCAUUUAUUUCAUCUUCUAUAGUGCCCAGUGCUCCCGUGCCACCUCUUCCACCUGCUGCACCCUCUGAGAAGGCCAAGGGAAAACAAAAGGCUGCCGUGCCUCCUUCCCCAUCACCACCACCUCAACCGGCUAAGCGAGGAUGUGGACGACCCCCCAGUUCCAAAAACAAGAAAGGCCGGGGUGCCUCUAGCAUGCAAAAAUCUAUUCGUGGCCAUCUCAAGGCCUCUAUUGUUACUGGACACCCACAUGCCAAGGCUGCAUCUGAGGCCUUAUCCUAUGAAGCGCCUUCUCCCAACUCUCAAGACAAGAUCCCUGAGGAGGAGAUGGAGCCAGUACCCGAGGACGAGGAGGAAGCCAUGCAGCAGGGGGAUUCUGUACCUCAUGUCAUGGCCGAUGUCAUGCAUGCAUGGAGGUUUACUAGUGCUGUGACUGAGCCCAUUGCGUCUGGCUCUGGUGUGCCUGAGGAAGAAAUUUCUUUGAGCGUCCACUCAGUCAUGGUUGACAAUACCAUGUAUGCGUGUGCCUUCCACCCAUCGGUGGACCUCCAAUUUCAUGAGCCCUUGUCCCGUCAAGCCCUCGAGCACCUCAAGCUCUUGGCUUUACCUCCUGCACUGGCUUCUCUUUUCAAGCCUUCAACCAAAAUGCGCAAUGGCCAUCCUGCUGUAUUCCAUGCUCACUCUGAUCUCGGGGCGCACAUCCUGUGCAUGCCUAAUAUUUUCCAUCCCUGCUUUAACUGCAGCUUCUCUGGUUUUCCUGAACUCUGCAAGUUCACUGGGGAAAUUGGAGAAGAAGCCUGCACCAAAUGCAAGACAGGCAGGCAUGGAAAAUCUAUCUGCGAGCAUCUUGACCAUGUCACAGUCCUCGAUGCCAAGAUCGGAACCUUCUACAACCUUGCUCACAGCCACAUGGCCAAGCACAACAAGGUCGUUCAAGAAUUGGUUGACGGUCUCGACUCUAUUGCUUUGCGUGAGGGGGGAACUGCUAUCAUCGACGCCUAUGCUGAGGUCUCCAACCUUAUUCAUUCUUUCAUCAUUGAGGUUGGCAAGGAUGCCUCCGAUUCUGGGUCUGAGGGUGGGGCCGAUGAUGCUUAA